GAAGGGGCUGGCCCUAAGUCCUCAGCUCUGGCUCUGAGCCUGAGGCCAGAGCUGCCUUCAGCUUCUGCUGCUCAGACCUCAGCCUCCCAUCCCCGGCCUCUGCCUCCAGGCACCUGGCUUGCAGGUCCUCUCAGGAGCCAUGGAUCCCAGAGAGAUCCGGGGGAAGAGCGCCAAGUCCUGGCUGGGUCUGAUCCUGCUCUUCGCCGUACUUCUGGGCUUCUACAGCAACGUGUUCAGCCUGAUCCCCAGAAGACAGACAGAAGAGUCUCAAAGCAGCCCUGAGGCCCACCACCUGCAGGGCCAACGGCAGAGCCUGCCUUUGAGCAGCCAGGAUGAAAACGGCGUGGUUCUGCAGAGGAUGCUGCUGGAGAAGAAGGAGUCCAGUGAAGGUGACGGCCACCCGGACACCUGCAGGAUACCUGAAGUCCCCAGGUUGCUUUACCCCAAGGCCCAGCUGCUCAAGCCCUCGAGAGUGGACGUGCUGGUCAUGACCCCCUGGUUUGCUCCCAUCAUCUGGGACGGGACCUUUGACUCUGCCAUCUUGGAUGCACAAUUCAGAAACACCACCAUUGGGCUGACUGUGUUUGCCAUUAAAAAAUACGUGGUCUUCCUGCGGCUCUUCCUGGAGACGGCGGAGAAGUACUUCAUGGUGGGACACAGGGUCACCUACUACGUCUUCACCGACCGGCCGGCGGACGCGCAGAUCGCCCUGCAGGCCGGGAGGCAGGUGGUGGUGCUCCACGUGGGGAGCUACAGGCGCUGGCAGGACGUCUCCAUGCACCGGAUGGAGAUGAUCAGCAAUUUCUCCCGGCAGCGCUUCCUGCGCGAGGUGGAUUACCUGGUGUGCCUGGACGUGGACAUGAAGUUCAGCGACCACGUGGGCGUGGAGAUCCUGGCGCCGCUCUUCGGGACCCUGCACCCUGGUUUCUACGCAGCCGACCGCCAGUCCUUCACCUACGAGCGCCGGCCCUUGUCCCGAGCCUACAUCCCGAGAGACGAGGGUGACUUUUACUACGCGGGAGGCUUUUUCGGGGGGUCGGUCCCCGAGGUUUACCGGCUCACCACGGCCUGUCACCAGGCCAUGACGGCCGACCGGGCGCGGGGCAUCGAGGCCGUGUGGCAUGACGAGAGCCACCUGAACCGGUACCUGCUGUCGCACAAGCCCAGCAAGGUGCUGUCCCCCGAGUACCUGUGGGACGAGCGGAUGCUGCAGAGGCCGCCCCUACUCCGCAGGCUGCGCUACGUGGCCGUGCCCAAGAACCACGCAGAGAUUCGGAACCGAUGAGAACUAUUGCCGAGAAAGGCCGUGGGCGUCAGGCCGCAGCGCGUGUCAGCGGUUCUACCGUCUUGGUAAGGGAUUGGCCCAAGGUUUGCUGGCGCGGGUGACGCCAUCGCCUUAUUUCCUCUUCUGGAGGGAACUCCACUCAGCGGACAAAGCCAGCCCUGCAGUCUUCAUUCCCGCCUCAUCCCGCCUUCUCUUCUACUGUGACUCGUCCUCCAAGGGCUUGACAAGGUCAGCUUCCUAGGACACAUUCUUUGGUUCUCUCUUCUUCCAGUCCUUGAAGGGAAUUGCUCCUCCCUCUGACAAAACAACAACAGAAACGACUGUAUUUGCAUAAAGCACUAAGGGUACUCCUUUGGCUGAGUCUGCCUUUCUGCCUACCUUACCCAUUGGUCUUGCCCAUUAUAAUGUGAGAUCCUGAGCGCGGAGGUCAAGAUGUCUUCAUCUUUCUGUCCAUCAGUACGCACCUCAGUGCCUGAUGCCCAGGGACUUUCCAAACUGUUCACAUUUAAAUUUAAGGAAGGGACUUCCUGGGUGCCCACCCAGUGGUUUAAGAGGCUGCCUGCCAGUGCUGCGGACACAAGUUGGAUCCCUGAUCCAGAAGCUAAGAUCCCACAUGUUUGUGGGGCCACGACUGCUGAGCUGGCGCUCUAGAGCCAGCUAGAGCCAGCUCUAGAGCUAACAAGAGAAGCCGGCUAAAGGAGUAACCCCUACUUGCUGCAACUAGAGAAAGACCCAAAGACCACGUGCUGCAAGGAAGAGUCUGUGUGCCACAAGGAAGACCCAGUGCAGUCAAAAAUAAAUCAAUAAAUUAAAAAAAUAAAAAACUAAUUAAAAAUUAAAUUAAAAGUGAAUGCAUAAAUUUAAGGAA